UCUUACACACAUGUUUGACUCUUAUUUUAUUUUUUUUUCCAUUCUAUGUACCUGCAAGUCAAUACCGGGCUGCAUAUCUACCAUUUUUUCUAAAUAGAAUUUCUCAAACUGUCAUGGGUCUCACGAUUCAGUACCUGGAGGCAUCAGUUGCCGCAAUUAUUGGCAUAAUCUUAGUUUCUUACUUCAUCAAAAGGGCUACAGCAGGUUCUGCCCGCAAGCCACCGGCAGCAGGCGGUGGCUGGCCUUUGAUCGGUCAUCUUCACCUCUUAGGUGGUUCCACUCAGCCACCUUACAUAACCUUAGGAUCCUUGGCAGACAAGUAUGGCCCAAUAUUCAGCAUGAGAAUUGGUGUGCAUCAUGCUGUUGUGGUGAGCUCUUGGGAGUUAGCAAAAGAGUGUUUCACCACUCUUGACGUCGUUAUCUCUUCUCGUCCAAAAUUCACCGCUGCAAAAAUCUUGGGAUACAACUAUGCUAAUUUUGGGUUCACCCCUUACGGAGACUUCUGGCGUGAGAUGCGCAAGAUAGCUGCUUCAGAGUUGCUUUCCACUGCCCGCUUUGAACUUCUUCAACGUAUCAGAGACUCCGAGAUGCAGAUCUCGUUGAAAGAAUUAUACAGAACAUGGGUGGACAAAAGAGGCGUGUCAGAUGAUUUGUUGGUGGAGAUGAAGCAGUGGUUUGGAGACGUGAAUCUGAACGUCAUUCUCAGGAUGAUUUCGGGGAAGCGAUACUCCGCUAAAAGUGAAGAUGAUCUGCAACAAGUAAGGAGAAUUCGGAGGGUUUUCAGAGAGUUCUUUCGGUUGACAGGGUUGUUUGUGGUUGGGGACGCAAUUCCCUUUCUUGGGUGGCUUGAUUUGGGAGGGGAAGUGAAGGAGAUGAAAAAGACGGCUAUAGAAAUGGAUAACAUCGUUUCUGAAUGGCUAGAAGAACAUAAGCAGCAGAUAACAGAUUCAGGUGACACCAAAACAGAACAAGACUUCAUUGAUGUCUUGCUCUUCGUCCUUAAAGGCGUCGACCUUGCCGGUUAUGAUUUUGACACUGUCAUUAAAGCCACAUGCACGAUGCUGAUUGCCGGAGCAACUGAUACUACUGCAGUUACCAUGACAUGGGCACUGUCAUUGUUGCUGAAUAAUCACCAUGCUUUGAAGAAAGUAAAAGAUGAAUUGGAUGAGCACGUGGGCAAAGAAAGAUUAGUGAAUGAAUCUGACAUUAACAAAUUAGUUUACCUUCAAGCUGUGGUUAAAGAGACACUGCGAUUGUAUCCAGCUGGGCCAUUCUCGGGUCCGCGUGAAUUUACAGAAAACUGUACUUUAGGUGGUUACAAAAUAGAAGCAGGUACUCGAUUUAUGUUGAAUAUUUGGAAAUUGCAUAGAGAUCCUCGUGUAUGGUCAAAUCCAUUAGAGUUUCAGCCAGAAAGGUUCUUGAACACCCAUAAGAAUGUUGAUGUGAAGGGUCAGCAUUUUGAGCUCCUUCCCUUUGGUGGUGGAAGAAGAUCGUGCCCUGGCAUAUCAUUUGGCCUUCAAAUGUCACACUUGGCAUUAGCUUCUUUUUUGCAGGCAUUUGAAAUCACAACUCCAUCCAAUGCUCAAGUUGAUAUGAGCGCCACAUUUGGACUCACAAAUAUGAAAACUACCCCGCUUGAGGUUUUAGUCAGACCCGUUUUAUCACAUCAGCUACUCUUUGUCGAUGAAGCUUAGCAAAAUCCAUCACACUAACCAGUGUGUACCCUAUUUAUUAUAACAAGCAAGACCUGUGUACUUUCACCUCUCCCAUCAAGAAUGAAUUAGUGCGUGUUUUGAACUACUUAUCAACCCGUGGUAGUAGCAUGGAUCAUCAUAGGAUUUCGGAGUAAUAUUCAGUUAAGUUGUGCAAAACGUUAUUGAAUUUGUUGUGUUAACUCUUUUAGUUAGUUUCAAAUAUUAGGAAUUCUAUUUCCUUAAAAA